AUGCCCAAAACCAUAAUCCCCACAGCACGAGACAAAUACCUCUUGGAAGUAACAGCAGGCCCCUCCUACAACCCCUCCACCCACACCCAAGUCCCAGUCAACAGCACCCAUCCCACCCUCAUCGAAAGCGACCUCCUAACCGCCCACCUCCACAUCCGCAUCCGCGACUACCACGGCCUACCCCCCACCUCCCCCCCAACAUGCCCUUACUUCCACCACCCCGCCCACACCUCGGACCGCUACUCCAUCUCCUACUCCUUUAUCCCCAAACAACCCAUCCCAGGCUCCCAACUCGUCAUGGGCUUCGACUACGGCCACAGCGUAAAACACCAACUCCCGCCCGGCACCAAGACGGCGCUGAAGAUUCGCCGCUGCAACAACAAAAACCACGGCAAAAACAACACUAGCUACUGCGACAGCCACAGCAGCGAGCAGCGCCGCCUCCAGCCUCGCGCGUUCCGUGUGUAA